AUGCAAGCUGAGUUCAGAGGCGCACCCACACCUCCCGAAAGAGCAAGCGUAGCAGCAGAUAGGCGUCGUAGCCGUCUGCUGCUGUUGCGCGCCAAAACCAUGGUUAUUGAUGGCGGUCGUGGUGAGUGGACGUCGUGCGGGUCGGUCCUCCAGCCUCUGCGGCUAAUCUAUUUCGGGCUCGACUGCCACCAGCGCGCCAUGAUCAGCCGGCAGGGUGACGCCGAUCCGCCGCCAGCAAGGCCAAUCCCUGCCUGUCGCGCUAGCCGUCAACCCCCAUCCCAUCAGUUGCGUGUGGAGAGCCGACGUCCAUGUCCGAAGCUCGUGUCUGCACCCAACAUGCUGCUCGCCCUUUUGCUCAGCCUUCCCCUUGCCUCGCUUCGCCACGUAGCUGCUCUGCUUUGCUCGGCGCUGCUCUGCUCUGCCGUGCCGUCAUCCCCACCAAGUCUUGGGCUCUGGGCUCUGGGCUCUGGGCUCUGGGCCCUGAGCCUGCCCUGGCCAUCAUGUUGCCCAACAGAAGCAACAAUACGCCUUGAGCUGGUCGGCCAUUCCAAACUCCUUCACGCCGAUGUCACUCAUGUCGGAAAUACCGAGCUCAAACGCUAG